AUGUCUCUCCUUUCAUCUCAAUCUCAACCUCCAACUCCACCAGGUCCACCUACACCUACACCUACACCUCCAACCCUACCCCCACUCAGAAAGAAAACCACUUCAAUAUCUCUCGACGAAAUUGUUAUAUCAAAGCAAACCGUGAAUCAUCAAAACAGACCACCAGAGAAGUCAAAUUCAGACCUGAAAAAAUCAAGAGAAAUAUCAACGCUCCUGAAGCCUCAGCCUGGCCGGACCAACCCAUUCAUAUGGUGUAGUUCAAUUCUCUGUCUCCUUUUCAGCCUUAUUCUCAUCUUUUUUGGAAUAGCAACUUUGAUUAUCUUUCUUGUUGUUAAACCAAGAAACCCAUCGUUUGACAUUCCCAAUGCAAACCUUAGCGUUAUCUAUUUCGACUCACCAGAGUAUUUCAAUGGGGACUAUACUUUCCUUGCAAAUUUCUCAAACCCAAAUCGGAAAAUCGAUGUAAGGCUGGAGAAUUUGGUGAUAGAGCUUUUCUUUUCCGAAAGGCUCAUAGCAACUCAAGCUGUUCAACCUUUCACUCAAAGGCGAGGGGAAACCAGGUUGGAAUCAGUUCACUUCCUAUCCAGCUUAGUAUUUUUGCCUCAGAAUCUUGCAGUGGAACUUCAAAAACAGGUGCAGAGCAACAGGGUCAGCUAUAGUGUAAGAGGAAAGUACAAAGUGAAAGCCACUCUUGGUCUGAUCCAAUAUUCUUACUGGUUGCACAGCAGAUGUCGCGUAGAGAUGACCAGUCCACCAACUGGUGUCUUAGUUGCCCGCAACUGCAAAACAAAGCGAUGAAGAUGAAGAACAUAAUUCCUCUCUCUCUCUCUCUCUCUCUCUCUCUCUCUGUGUUUUUUUUUCGGAUUAGUAGAAAAUGCAAUACAUAAUUCUGGUCUUCUAUUUUUCCACUCUACUUAGGUUGAGAUCUAUAUAGCAAUUUUGGUGUACAAUCUAUCACGCGUACAAUUUUACUAAAAUGACUUGUUAUGGGUUGUAAGAAUCUAUCUCCGGGGAUUCUGUGAAGCUCUCAAACUCAAAAAAACGGUGGUAGUAGUUCUCAUUUCAUACAAAAUUAUUGUUGUCGAUU